GAGAUUGUGAAAAUGAGUGGACGAGGAAAAACAGGCGGAAAAGCUCGGUCCAAGGCCAAGUCUCGCUCGUCGCGGGCCGGACUGCAGUUCCCGGUGGGCCGUGUUCACAGGCUGCUGAGAAAGGGUAACUACGCCGAGCGGGUAGGCGCCGGGGCUCCGGUCUAUCUGGCUGCUGUGCUCGAGUACCUGACGGCUGAGAUCCUGGAGUUGGCCGGCAACGCGGCCCGGGAUAAUAAGAAGACCCGCAUCAUCCCCAGGCACCUGCAGCUGGCCGUCCGCAACGACGAGGAACUCAACAAGCUGCUGGGAGGGGUGACUAUCGCUCAGGGCGGGGUGCUGCCCAACAUCCAGGCCGUGUUGUUGCCCAAGAAAACCGGCGGAGCCAGCAAGGGCCAGGUGAAACUGAUUGUGAAAAUGAGUGGACGAGGAAAAACAGGCGGGAAAGCUCGGUCCAAGGCCAAGUCUCGCUCGUCCCGGGCCGGACUGCAGUUCCCGGUGGGCCGUGUUCACAGGCUGCUGAGAAAGGGUAACUAUGCUGAGCGGGUGGGUGCCGGAGCCCCAGUCUAUCUGGCUGCUGUGCUCGAGUAUCUGACGGCUGAAAUCCUUGAGCUGGCCGGCAACGCGGCCCGGGACAACAAAAAGACCCGCAUCAUCCCCAGGCAUCUGCAGCUGGCCGUCCGCAACGACGAGGAGCUCAACAAGCUGCUGGGAGGGGUGACCAUCGCUCAGGGCGGGGUGCUGCCCAACAUCCAGGCCGUGCUGUUGCCCAAGAAAACCGGCGGAGCCAGCAAGUGAAAAGACAGAAUCUGACCCAGUGAACCAAAGGCUCUUUUCAGAGCCACUCACAGUGUCUGUGAAAGGGCUGCUCUGCGGAUACGCUGAGCGCGGGGGAAAGGACUUUAGAUCGGAUUAGAUUGAUGUACUAAUCAACAGGCAGGGUGCGUUGAAAUUCCUUACUGGUGCGAAAUGCAACUCAAGCUUAACGGUGGGUGCACAGUCUGAAAUAUCGAAGCUGGC